CACAAUAAUUAUCAAAUUGGCAUUAUUUCGUUUUUUAUCUCACAAAAUAGUAUAAUUCAACCAUUUUUGAACAUCCUAACCAACAAUGUAGAUGACUGACAAAAUUUCAAAUAAAAAAGUUGUAAUGGAAGCAAAUGUAGUGAAUGAGUACAAGGAAGAAGUGAAGACAUGGCCACAAGUGUUAACGAUAAUCAUAGCGUGUCUGGCCCCGUUUACAAACGGUGUUCUACUCACGUGGAGUUCUCCUUUCAUAGUGAAGAUCACAGAAGAUAAAGUCAACUACAACAUCACAGAGGACGAAACUUCCUAUUUCAACAUCAUAGAACCACUCGCCAUGAUUCUAGCGUGCACAUUGGUUCCAAGACUCUGUGACAUGAUAGGAAGGAAAAAUAUGUUGCUGUCGAUCACGAUUCCUCAACUGUCUGCUUGGCUAUUGACAAUCUUGGGAACGAAUGUGUACCUGUUUUACGGAAUGAAAUUUUGCUCAGGCAUAUCCCAUGGGAUUGCAUUCUCGGCACUGCCUACUUAUAUCGGAGAGAUAUCAACCCCACAGGUCAGAGGCUCCUGGGGAUGUCUGUUCAUUUCUUCGAUGUAUUUCGGAUAUCUAGUGAUUGCUAUUGUGGGAAACUAUUUCACGAUCAAACAAACUGCAUACAUCUUCCUACCGUUACCAAUCCUCUUCUGUGUGCUAUUCAGCAUGAUGCCAGAAUCACCGCACUAUUACGCAAUGAAAGGAAUGGACGAAGAAGCUAAAAAGAGUUUGCGCAAGUUCAGUCGCAAGAAGAACGUAGAAGCAGAUUUUCUCGAAAUGAAAAGUGAUAUUUCGCGACAAUUAUCAGAAAAGAAAGGAUGGAAAGAUCUUAUUGUGGUUCGAAGUAACAGAAGAGCUUUAGCAGCUGGGAUAUUCCUUAGGAUUUCUCCAUCCUUUGGAGCACUCACUGUUUUCCUGGUGUAUGCUCAACUCUUUUUCGAAAAAGCAGGAGGAGAAGUAAGUUCGGCUGCAGCUUCGAUAUAUUAUAUGGGUAUAAGUUUUGCUUUGAAUUUGUUAGUGGUUGUCUUUGUUAUACAUAGUUUGAAGAGAAAAACUUGCUAUAUAAUGUCUUCACUACCAUCUGGAUUUAUGUUGAUUUUGAUGUCAGUGUAUCUCUUUAUUGAUGAAAAUUAUCCUCAGAUAGAUGUGUCAUCUUUUAGUUGGGUCCCACUCACAGGGAUGAUUCUGUACCAAAUUUUUGCCUCUUAUGGAUUGGCGGUCAUCCCCACAUUAAUGUUGGGGGAACUUUUCUCGGCAAGCAUCAAGUCUAAAGCUGUGAGCGUAGUUAUGAUAGCAUUCGGGUUAUCUCUAUUGACGGCAAAUUACUUUUUUUAUUAUCUCUAUUCCACUUUCGGGUUGUAUGCUCCUCUUUUUGUAUUUGGGUGCUGUAAUAUCGUAUCAACUGUAUUAUCAUUCUACUUGAUACCUGACACAAGAGGUAAGACUCUUGAGGAAAUUCAACAAUCGUUGAAGAAAAUCAAGCAAUCUUCGGAUGGUCACUAAUGAUGCAAAAUAAAGACUACAGAAUUCUGAAAAAACAAUCACCUUCAUGUUUUAUUUCUUGAUAAUGCAUCAUCGGUACUCGCUGAAAACCAAUGCCGAUGUGUUCAAAAAUAACUGAGCUAGAGGGGAGGGACAUUUAUGGUGAAUCAUCCUGUACAAUAAGUUAAUUUUUGUAAUAGAAAAAAAUGUGCAAAU